CCCCACUCCUCCUCCCGCUCCCCCCUUUCCCUGGCCCACUCUUGGCCUUCCUCGCCCCUCUCUGUCCUUGCAUCCUCCAGCCAGGUGACUGCAAGGCUGUACGCCUCCCUCCAGAGGAGCCGGGAGCUGGAGGUCAAAGGUUAUGCAGCCACCGACCCCUUUCCUGAAUGCCCAGACAGGCCCAGGCAGGUCACUUUCAACCUCUCGUCCCCUGAGCUCUACAGCAAUAGGGCGGUGCCACCCCGCCCGGAGACAGGGGCGGGCUGGCCGGAGGACACGCCCCCGUCAUUGCCCAGGCAGAUGGAGGAGCGAGAGGGGGUGGACUCCUUCUCCCCGGCCUCCCUCGCCACAUGCCCCUCCCCUGGCACAGGUGACCCUGGAGCAGGCGGGACCAGGGGUACAGAGGAGGGGGAGGAGGAGGGGGGCCUGGAGCUGGGGCAGCUGGCGGAGGAGAUGAGCGCCAACCUGCAGACCAGCGUGGACAAUACUGCCACCGUGCCGAAUGGUCGGCGGCACAUCUUGGACAUGGAGAAUGUGCGCAGUCACUUAAAGACCAUGCUGAGGGCCACGCAUGAUCCCAUGGAGCAUGAGAAGGGCGCCACCACACUGACUACAUACACCUUGCCUGAGAGACACCGAAUGGGCAAUGAGUCCUUUGAAAGUGACAGCACAGCCCACCUGCUCAGCGCCCCCCUGCUGGCUGACCUGUCCCCACCCCUGCCGCUGGGUGGCCUGGAGGAGCUGUUCCCCCGCUACUCCCGCCUGCGGCCCGACGGCGCACCCCUCUCCUCGGAGACGCAGGUCCUGCGGGAGAGCCUGGAGAGGGAACGGGCACGGCGCAAGCAAUAUGAGAAACAGAUCCAGGUGCUACAGAGCAAGGCACUGCAGCUCCAACAGCAAUUGGCUAUGGCAGUGUCAGCUGACAGGAAGAAGGACAUCAUGAUAGAGCAGCUUGACAAGACUCUGGCCAAGGUGGUGGAGGGCUGGAGGAGGCACGAGGAGGAGAAGAGCGCGGGCGUGAGGCGGCUGCAGGAGGAGAAGGAGGCGGCGGUGAAGGCCCAGGCCACACAGCAGGAGGUGCUGCUGCGCUUUGAGCAGUCUCUCUCCCAGGCAGCAGAGACUCUGGAUCGAGAGCAGAAACGUACUGAGGAGCUGCGCAGCGCCAACCAACAGCUGGAGCGGGAGCUGGCUGAGCUGGCCGCGCGGCUGGAGGAGGAAAACCAGGAGGGCGAGCGGGUGCGGGCCGAGCGGGACGAGGCGCGGGCGGAGGAGGGGCGUCUCCGCGCCCAGGCCCAGGACGCCCUCGCCAGCCUGGCCCAGCACAGGGACACCUGGACCCACAGGGAGAGGGAGCUGCAGGGGCAGCUGGAGGCGCUGGGGGCCCAGCUGGACAGUGAGAAGGAGAGCCGUGAGAGGGAGGCGCAGCGGCUGCAGGAGGCCCAGCAGGAGCUGCAGGAGGCGCAGGGGAGGCUGAGGCAGCUGGAGGUGGAGCUGGAGGAGGCGCGGCGGGAGAGGGACGGGACGCGCAUGGACAGGGCCCUGGAUCAGGCCCGGUUCGAGGCCCAGCGCUCUCAGAUGGAGGUGGAGUUCCGACUGUCAGUGGAGCAGCAGGUGACUGAGAGACUGGCGACUCUUCAGGAAGACAACGCCAAGACCACCGCUGCACUGAGAGAACAGCACAGGAAGCAGCUGUUGGAUCUGAGUGCCCGUCACGAGAGAGAGCUGUCUGCGCAGCUGGCGCAGUUUAAGACCGAGCUUCAGGAGCGGGAAGAGCGUCUGCGCAAACUCACUGAGGAAUAUGACACAAAGUUGUCUGCGCGGCAGGAGGAGGUGCUGUGCCUGGAGGCCAGCCGGAGGAAGCUGGAGGGGCAGAGGACGGAGCUGGUGACGCGGCUGCAGGGCCUGAUGCGCUCCCACUGGGCCGAGGCCCUGAGGCUGCUGUCCACCCAGACCCAGAUGGACGGCAGUCCCUCUCCUCCCUCCCAGCGCCAUGCCUCCUCGUACGAAGGAGACGUGUCCCUGUCCCCCUCCGGCGGCGGUGGGGACAGUGGCGGCUGGGAGAGCCAGACGAGGGCAAGCGGGGGCUCGGCAGGGGCCAGCCCCGCCUCCCAACUCGUGUCAGACUGCCCCCAAGCAGUGGCACUCCACCUGUCCCGAGAGAGGGGGGGCCCACGAGUGGCCCACAGCGACGGCCUGCACGCCCCCCUCGCCCCACCCCACGCCCCGGAGCAGGAGCUCAGCGUCCUGCUCAACCACAGCCACACCUUCAGCCCCCUGGAGCCCCAACUGGAUGACACCACCGUCACAGUGCUGGGCAGCUGUGAGACAGAGGAGCUGUCCGCGAAGCCGCUGGCCGGAGCAGGAGACAGGGGCUACGGCAUGGAGAGGGGGACGCAGCCGAGGGGACAUGUCACCGAGAGGGGCCACAGCUCAGACAGGGAGGGGCGGGAGAGGGGGUACAGCUCUGAGAGAGAGGGCCGGGACAGGGGCCACAGCUCUGAGAGGGAGGAUAGCAGUGGGUAUAGGUUUCGCGGUGGUAGCGUGGGACAGAGCGCGUACUCCUCCUGCAUGGAGAGACAAGCACCCAGCAGCUACGGAGUGGACAUGGGACUCCGACGGGGCGAGAGGGGGUAUGGCGCCCCGGGAGGUGGGGAGAGGGGACACGGAGGUGGGGACAGCGGGUACAGCACCGCGAGGGGGGGAGAGGCCCGCGUGGUUUACAGCACCAACAGUGGUGCCUGUCUCCCUCUGAGCACGAACGGCGGGGGUCACUGGGGUGUGGGCAGGGAGAAGGCGUUUCCCGCCGGGCAUGAGCACCACGCGGCGGGGCAGGGCAGCCUGGGGGGGAGGGGCCACAGCAAGUGGGCGGGGGUGGCGGACAGAGGGGCCGGUGGAACCAGGGUCCUGCAGGCCCUAAACGCGUCAGGCAUGUCGAUCGGGGAUGCCAGCUACAGCAGCUUGGCUUCGACUCAGGCUAAACCAGGCGGGGGGGUCCCACAGAGGCCCCCGGGGGAGGCUGCGCAAGGAGAACGGCCUGGCGCCAAGGAUGAGGACAGGCAGAGAGAAUUGCAGUACUACAUCGAAAUGCUGCUGGACCGCUCCCCUGGCCAACCCCUGGAAUUGUCCGCCCUGGAACACGAGCAUCAGCCAUCAGGUCAGAGCUCCGCGCACGCACAGACGGGUCUCGGCGCGUCCUGGGACAGCGAGAAGGCCAAGGCCCCGGCUGGAAAGGCCAUAUCCCCCACACAGCCUCCUAGCUCGGCGGUCACCAAAACCAAGCUCCGCCCCUUGGCACCCGGUCAAGUGUCAGUCAAGGAGCCACACCCAGGAACCCUCCCCCCUGAAGCGAUGGCAGCGCUCCCCCCAGAGAAGCUGGGCCAGCUGUCCCUCCUCCUGUCGCAGUACCACUCCCAGCCCGAAAGGGCGGCGCUACCUCUGGAAGAACUCCUCACUUGCAUGCUCCAGAGCCAGGCUGACAGGUCACUUCCUGGGCAAGGGAAAGGGGAGGCAGACGGGCCUGUCCACAGAAACCCGGACCAGAAGCUGAGUCAGGCCCGAAAAGAGACGGUCGGGUCAGCCCCGCAACGCCGCACUCAGCCCCCACGGCCCCUAGGGGGCGAGAAGGUUCAGAGCCAGGCUCCAAAGGGCAAGAGGGUCGCCCCCCAGGCCCAGCGAGGACCCCCGGCUCGGGGUGGCGUGUGGAGAUGAACCAGGGGGCCGGGAACAGGAGCGGUCUCUCCACAGAGAGGUUUCUUAUUUUUGGCAGCUUAUUCAGGUCUUAUUCACGUAACUUGCUGCCCUGUCUCAGCUUUCACGUCUCUUUAGCAUGGCCUCUUUAGCACCUCUGUAGCAUGGCCUGCUUCAGCUAAUUGUUUAUGAAGACUGACAGAGUGUUCUGACCAAUCAGACAAUGUGCUCAUCAACCAUGUCUCUGACGGGUUGCUAAUCAUAAUGAUGUGUUUUGUGUGGUUUUUAUAAGUGAUACCAUAACAAUGCUGAGCAUCUGUACAAAGACUUUGGACCAGAUCACCACUGAGACUGCGAUGCAAAUUCAGGCUUAUAUGACAGACCUAAAAAGAGGACAUUUUUUACAUGUAUGGUUUUUUAAUACACAGUUUGUGUCUAAUUGAAGGAGUUUUUAUUUAUUUAUGUAGUAUUUGUACAUGACGCAGUUGUCCGAUGCUUUUAUUAAAAAUUUACUUUUGCUACA